AUGGCGGACACCUCCUCCUGGCUGGAGGCCAUGGCCACGCCGCCGCCCAGGCCCGAGCCCAAGAAGCCCGCCAGGCCGUCGCCGCCCCCUAAGGCCGAGACGGACCAGGGGGCGGACUGGACCCCCCCGGCCCAGAAGUGGCAGCGCACGGGGAAGGGCAAGAAGGGGCAGAAAGGCCAGAAAGGCGGCAAGAAGGGCAACAAGGGCGCCGGGAAGGGCCAAGAGCGCCAACGUCGCCAGGACGAGCAGCGCCGCGACCAGGCCUGGGACGACUCAUGGUGGGCGUCGUCGUCCUGGAGCUCUGGCUACGACUGGGAAACGCCAGGCCGCGACCAGGGCGGCAAGGGCGAGAAGAAGCGCGCCAACGCCAGGCGGUCCAUCAUCGUCCUGUCCGCCUUCGACGGCAUCGGCGCCUCACACUGGCUGGUCGCCAAGGCCUUCGGAAGGCCCUUGCUAGCGGUCUCCUGGGAGGUCGACCGGGCGUGCAAGGCGCUCGUGCAGAAGGCCAUGCCCUGGGUGGAACACCGAGGCGACUUCACUCGGGACUCGCCGAAGGACGUGGCCGACCUCAUCGUGGACGCCGACCCCGACGCCCUCGCCCUGAUCGUCUGGUGCGCGGCGCCGCCGUGCCAGGACUUCUCCCGGAUCGGCCAGGGAGAAGGCCAUCUGGGCGACAGGGGCAGGCUUUUCCAGGACGCCGUGGAGUUCAUGCACGAGCUCCGCGCCCAGGUGCCUAAGCACCGCUUUGGCUUCCUUUACGAGAACGUCGACAUGGACCGGGCGGCCGCCCAGGUGAUUUCUGACGGGCUCGGGGUCCGUCCAAUCUUCGCCUGCCCCUCCGACUUUGGCUGGGUGUCCAGGCCGCGCCUGUGGUGGACCAGCGUGGACUGGACAAGGUUCCAGGUCGACCCCGACGACGGGACUCCUCUGGAGUGGGCGAAGAAGGGCCGAUGGGAACGCCUUCGCCUGGCCUCCGCCAGGCCGUCGGCAGACACCUUCGACUUAGGUGGCUUGGCUUUCCACCCCGCCGUCGCGACGGGUCGGCGCCUCAUGCCGUGCGCCACAACGCCGGCUCCCACCGACGAAGGCCGGCCCAAACCUCGGGCCACCAGGGGGAAGACGUCCAAGGACACCGACGCCAGGUGGAGCGAAGGCAAUCGCCAAUACGCCCCGUGGCACUACCAGCUCGAGGCCAUGCUCCAGGACAGCCAGGGCGUCCUGCACCUCCCCACGGCAGAGAUCAAGGAGCAGCUGCACGGCAUCCCCACCGGUUACACGGCCCAGGCGGGGGCCGACGACAGGACCUCUACCUUGCGGUGGUUGACCCAGGCCUGGGCGGGUCGCCCGUGGGACUUCUCCCCUCCGCCCCGGCCGCCCCCGCCAGUCCUGGGCGAGGGCCUCGACAUGGGGCAGCAUUGGGCAUCCGCGCCGCUUAUGCAGCACUCUUUGACCAGGCGCCCAGAGCUGGAGCCGGCCCUCGCAGCGGUUAUCCACCUCCGACGGCAGUGGCGACACGACCUUUGCCGCAUCCGCCGGGAGGUCGUCGCGGAGAUCCUCGCCUUGGUAGAGGAGCGCGAGGACGACACACGGGCCUGGCUCCAGGAGCUACCGGCCCAUGUCAGGGCAACCUACACGACAUCUGACCGCCCCAGGCCUUUUCAGGGGCCGACCUUCCUGGGCCUGCUCCGCGACCUCGGCUACCCCGCGACCGCGGACCUCGAGGAGGACCUGCGCCUGGGCUUCGACAUGCUCGGCCCGGUCCGCCGCGCACCUGGUUGGAAGCCGCGGGUUGACGGGCGUUAUUCCAACCCCUCGAGCAUGGACCGCCUGCGACAGGAGAACCCGCCCUACGUCGCGGCCAAAUGCUCCAGGGGGCGCUCUGGCGUCCACACGACGGCCCUCCUGGACGAACUGGUGCAAGAGGCCCGCCUAGGUCGUGUCAUCGGCCCUUGCGCCGCUCCCGACCACUGGUCUGUGGCAGCAUCGGCGCUGCCCUGGACGGCCGACAUGCACACACUGCGCCGGCCGCCGCUGGGCGACUGCUUCGCCGCCCUCUCCUUCGCCAUUUGCCAGAUCGACGAGAACGGGGAGCUCAAGCUACGGCGGGGCGAGGAUUGGCGCCGCUCGGGCCACAACGCCACCAUGAGCGCCGAGGAUGUGCCCACCCGCCACUUCCUGGGCGACAUUGUCGACUUCAUCCUGGCCGCCUGGCAUGAGGGCUGGGACCCUAAGGUUUUCGGCCAUGACCUUCAGAACGCCUACCGCCAGUGGGCGGUGCGCUUCCCUGGUCACUGCGGGACCUUCCUCCCCACCGACCAGGGCGUGACCCUCUGCUUCGGGGCAGCAGCGAGCGUCUGGAACUUUAACAGGGCAGCCGACGCCGUCCAGAUGCUCAUGCGGGCGCUCCUCCUGGUGCUCCUGGGCCACUUCGUCGACGACUUCAACGGCGCCGACGACAACCACACGGCCGACUCCGCCCACUACGCCGUGGCCGAGCUCUUCGCGGCCCUCGGCCUCCAGACCAAGCCCUCCAAGGCGCAGACGCCGGACAAAGAGCACAUCGUCCAGGGCGUCCAGCUCCACAUCGGGGCGGAAGGGGUGUGGCUUAGCCCGACAGAGGAGCGCAGGAGGAAGAUCCUGGCGCAGAUCGACGAGUCGACCUUCGGCUGCACCGGGCGGGCCGCCAUCAAGCCCCUCUACUCGCGGGCGGCGGACACCGCGGCCAAUUCCGCGGACGCCUUGUCCGUGGGGCUGCGCGCCGCGCUGUCGGCGCUCAGGCGGCUGGUGGGGCAGUCCCGCCCCAGGCUGGUCCCGUGGCCCGGGCGGGUGCGGGGCCCGUUCCCCGUGCUAUACGCAGACGCCUUCUUCUUGGACGGCGAUCUACGCCGCAAGCCUGGGCACAUCGAGCCGGGGGACAAUGUGCCCCAGGACGCCAGGUGGCGGAACGGUUGGGGCUUUGUGCUGCUCUUGGGCGACCACGUCUUCUACGACUUUGGCGUCAUCAAGCCCGAGCUCCUCACGCCUUUCGCCGCCAGGAAGGCCUUCAUCUAC